AUGUCCUUGGAGUCACUUCAAGACGGAUCCUUCUUCGCGCUCCAUAGUUCUGAAGAAGCUGGCAUGACAAACAAGCUACAGAUACGCCGAAGACCUUCUUUGGUUCUUGCAUGCGGUCCAGUAGCAAACCUAUUGAGCGACCUCGAGAUUGGGCUCUCAGAUCAAUGGAAUUCUUUCGAGCACUGGCUCAAGGGAAAGCUCGCGACACUACCCCCACGUGCCUUCGACAACAACCAGCAAUGCUGGUGGCAGGCGAAUGGGCGAGCCUUUAGGAUAUUGAACUUGCCUUUCGAACUUCGCUCGAUGAUAUACGGACAUGUCAUCGGGUACUACCUAUGGCCACGUGAGGAGUUGGACUCUAGCCAAAACCCGCGAAAGGCUACCUUGAGAGUCUUCGGCUAUCCACACUACAAAAUGUAUAGUGAGCGUUGGCGGACCUUCGCUCGUACCACUCAGUACACCUUCGACCCGGCAGGAAACACAACUCCUGGAAAUAUGCCCAUACAAUUUGUGUGUAAGCAGGUGAGAGCGGAGAUCCGUAACUCUGUCACAACGUCGACGGUUCCACAUUUUGGUGAUCUCUGGACGCUUACGAAUGCUAUUGAUCCUUUCCAAGGCAAAUGGCUCCGUCGCAUCUCCCUUGGUUUUCCCAAUUCUAUUUACUUCAUGUUCCUAGGGUUCAGCGACCAGCGCCUCAUGGUGUCACCCGACGAGCCUCCGAUCCACGUGCUUAAAAACAUCCCGACGCUAGCCCAUCUUCAUCUCCAUUUUCAAGUACCUACACCCUCGCGGAUACAUACGGUGGCUAAUCGACGUCGCGUCAUCUCUCAAGACCCUUGGACUCCCUCGCUACGGGACUAUCGCGCCAACCUGAUCUCCUGUCAAAAGACUCUCUUGGAUUGGUUCUUCACUCUCGCGCUGGAAGCUCUUCGAGGUAUUCCAUCUGUGUCUAUGUCUGGGCAUGUGAAGCAUAGCACGCGUAACAAGUGGGAGGCAAUUCUGUACGAUGAGCGCAAUGGUACGCUCCAUGAUCUUUCUGUCGAGAGACAAGUCAUCAUAUCAGAUUACUUACAGCGACCUUUGUAA